AUGGCCCAAUUGGAGUCUCACUACGUGUAUGGUCGUUGGGUCACAUGUUUCCAUCAUCUUAGAUCUUUUAUGGACGACCCACAUGCCGACGAACUCCCAGGCCUUGAGCGAUUGGCAGAGUCUGAGUUUGCGGAGGAUGAAGAGGACUCCGCCUCGGAGGGCUCUGCGGCCUCGCUGCCCUUGCUGGAUGAGGCAGAGCUGGAUGGAGAGAUCCUCAUCGAGGCUCCUCCCGAGGAGUGGGAUGUUGAAAUGAAAGAAGAAGAAAGCCAAGACGGUCGACCCUGCCGCUCUUGCUGCACACCGCGUUUGGAAACGCCUGCGGGCUGA